AUGAUCCGAGUUUUUAACGUCUAGUCAAAAUCCAAAGCAGCCCAUCAGUUCUCUUGUUGCAAAGCGCACCUAAAACGGCUACUAGGCGUCCUCCCGCCGUCCCGGUCCUCAGGCCGAUACCGGGGCGCACCAACGGCGACGGAAGGCCGUACCCGUGUUUCGUAGAACAGAGGUCUCAACACAAUGUUGCAUGAAAUCUUACUAGCACUGUUAGGUUAUACGGGAGAUCUUAUUAUUGAUCAAAGAGAGCACCAGCAGUCACUUGGUGUUCAGUUGGCCCCCGACUCACCAAUUGCGGAAGAAUCCACCUUCGUCCUGGCUCCUGAUCUGUCCUUCAUACAACCCAGUGAAAGGGAUGUAAUUAAGAAGAUAAUUGCUCUUGGUUUUUAUUACCGAGAACUUGAUAGAUUUGCAGCUAAGUCUCGGAAUUUGAGCUGGAUUAGGUCCAACAAUGAGUCACCACUGGUUAGAGCUUCUGAACUGUUAAAGGGGAAAAAAGAGAAACAAAGUAUUUACAGGAGAGCCAUUUCCAAUGGGAUUGUUGAGGUGCUAUCAGUGUAUAGGUCUGCUGUUCUGCAAAUUGAGCAGAAAUUCUUGUCUGAUUCAUUACCAAUCUUAUCAACACUUACUCACGGUCUCAAUAAGUUCUUUGUCCUUUUGCCUCCUCUUCACGAGCUCAUUUUGGAGAUAGAGCGCAAUGGCGUUUGUGGAGGGAAGCUUCUCAACCUCUUGCACAAACGGUGUCAAUGUGGCAUUCCUGAACUGCAGACAUGCAUUCAGAGGCUUCUUUGGCAUGGGCAUCAAGUCAUGUAUAAUCAGCUUAUGUCGUGGAUGGUCUAUGGGAUUCUUCAUGAUCCAUACAGAGAAUUUUUCAUUGGCAGACAGGAUGACAAGGAUGCAGAAACAGACUCAAGUUCUGAUGUGAUUCAGAAAUUGGCACACUUGUCAACCAGUGAUGUUUCUUUAACUGAUUGGCACUUGGGGUUCCAUAUUUCGCUGGACAUGCUUCCAGAUUAUAUCCCUAUGGGUGUUGCAGAGUCCAUUUGUUUUGCUGGAAAAGCAGUCAGGGUACUUCGAAAUCCUAGCUCUACUUUUCAACUUAAUAAUGCAGCAUUGAAUCAGCAGACACAGAGAAGUCUACAAAAGAACCAAGGAUUCACAGAAGAGGUCUCUUUUGAGAAGAACUCUCCAAUGGAUUUUCAGUCAGUUGGAGAAGAUUUACUACCACAGUCUGAGGCAGAUAAGAUCGAAUCUUUGCUUCAAGCCUUAAAGGAGUCAUCAGAGUUUCACAAACGAACAUUUGAAAUGGCUGUUGACUCAAUCAAAGCAAUUGCAGCUAGUCAUCUUUGGCAGCUUGUAGUUGUGCGUGCAGACUUAGAUGGCCACUUAAAAGCCCUCAAAGAUUAUUUUCUUCUGGCAAAAGGUGAUUUCUUUCAGAGUUUCCUUGAGGAGAGUCGCCAGCUCAUGCAUUUACCACCUCGCCAGUCCACUGCAGAAGCUGACCUUAUGGUCCCCUUCCAACUGGCUGCACUUAAGACUAUUGGAGAUGAAGACAAACACUUUUGUAGAGUGUCUUUGCGUGUGCCUUCUGUUGGGAUUCCUCUCAAAUCAACUCAGCGUGAUUUGCUGAAAAAUGCAUAUGCUGAUGGAGAGAUAGGAGGGCAAUCAGAUGCUUCUUUGGAGAUGUCCCUUGACGGAUGGGAUGUCAUUUCACUUGAGUAUUCUGUUGAAUGGCCCUUGCAGUUGUUUAUUACACAGGAAGUCCUUUCAAAUGAUUUUCUACAUUCAAAGUGUCUUAGCUCUGUCCCAAAAAAGAGCUUCGUUGAAAGACUUGUUAAAAGCGGAAAAAAGCGCCCAAAAGAGACAAAGCGCAGGCGAGCGCUCAACUUGCGCCUGGCUUUUGAGAAGCGUCCCGCCAUGAGAAAGCUACGCUUAUCCCUGCACUUUUCUUGAGUGAGCUUUUCCAUUAAGCUACGCUUUUCCGAGCUUCUCACAAAAAGCGUUGACAGGUCGUUUUUGUUUUGUUUUAGUCUUCUCCUCUCGUCGCUACAAGUUAGGGUUAUCAGGUCUAGUGUCGUUCGACUCUUUCCUCGCUCCAGACAAAGCCAGUGCGCUGAAGGAGCAGCCUGCGAUUGAAGAAGCCGGUUUCUCUGCGAGCAGUUCGGUCUGAAGAAGCCGCAGGUGAACGCCAAUUCUGAAGAAGCUGCAGUUCUAUUUCAUCCAGACUUUCUCACCGGUACCAAAGAAUUUUCCAGUACUUGCUCCGACUUAAGCGGACACAGAUGGAACUAGAAAAAUCAUGGGCUUCCUCGAUGCAUCAAAAUCACUCAGACUUUGCUAAGCACCGCAAUGACCAUUCAAAGUCUUCAUCAUCACAACAGCGGCGACAACACAUUAGACCAAUGUGGCAUGUAAGAGAGCAUAUGGCUUUCUUGAUAAAAAAUCUCCAGUUCUAUAUUCAGGUUGAUGUUAUAGAAUCUCAGUGGAAUGUUUUGCAGUCUCAUAUUCAAAAUUCUCAUGAUUUCACAGAACUUGUGGGCUUCCAUCAAGAAUACCUGGGUGCAUUAAUUUCACAAUCUUUCUUGGAUAUUGGUUCUGUCUCGAGGAUUCUGUAUGGCAUAAUGAAACUCUGUGUGCAAUUUUGCUGGAAGAUGGAGAAUCAGGCGGGCAAUGGGGAUACAAACGAGCUAGAGCAUAUUGCUGAGGAAUUCAACAAAAAAUCGAACUCCUUAUACACAAUACUCAGAAAUAGCAGGCUUGCUGGGAGCCAAAGAGCACCAUUCCUUAGGCGUUUUCUUUUGCGUCUCAACUUCAACUCUUUUUCUGAGGUGACUGCACUGAAUGUUGUCGGGCACCGCCCACACCUUGCUGUUUAGCGGAUGAGUGAAUGUUUCUCUGCCUAAAAAAUACCCCGGAUUUCAAUUGGGAAAUGAAUGUUAAGCUAUUUAAGAAUCUCCGGCCUCCCUUUCAUGUUUUUAUCCUCGGAAGGAUGCAUUGUUGUGCCAAAAUGACAACACCAGUCACCUCAUAGAAGUUUCUUUGUGUAUAUAGCUAUGAAUAGAUAGGAAAGUUCAAAACCUAUUUGUCGAUAAGACGAUAAGUAAUCAGUUUAUUUGUGAUUUCCUUUUUAUUCAAUGCAUACUAGUGAUUGAG